AUGGCGGCUCACAUCAGCCACAACAGACUCAAGGCCAAGGGCGUGGGCCAACACAACAACGCCCACAACUACAGAAACCAGAGCUUCGAGGACCUGCGAGAGUUCUGUCUGAGGAGGGGGGAACUGUUCAAAGACCCCGUAUUUCCUGCCGAACCCACUUCUCUGGGCUUCAAGGACCUGGGCCCCAACUCCAAAAACGUGCAGAACAUCAGCUGGCGGCGGCCCAGUGUGGGCACUGGGAGGGGAGCGCGGGCGCCUGGGGGCAGGGCGGAGCGCAGUGAUGCCCUGUCCCUCCGAUCCUCUCCAGUCCCCCUCAGCCCUCUGCUGGCCCUGGCAGGAGGCUCCACCUCCAUCAGGGAAAUCACAAACAAUCCUCACUUCAUUAUGAACGGGGUCAGCCCCACGGACAUCUGCCAGGGGGUGCUGGGGGACUGCUGGCUGCUGGCUGCCAUCGGCUCCCUUACCACGUGCCCCAAGCUGCUGUACCGCGUGGUGCCCAGGGGGCAGAGCUUCAAGAAAAACUAUGCUGGCAUCUUCCAUUUUCAGCCAUUCUGGGAGAGUCACAUCUUUGACACUGGCGUGUCACCGAAUCUGGCCACCAGGAGGCGCUGGUGCCCACCUUGCUGCCCACAGAUUUGGCAGUUUGGGCAGUGGGUCAACGUGGUGGUGGAUGACCGGCUACCCACAAAGAAUGGCAAGCUGUUGUUUGUGCACUCGGGCGAGCGCGCUGAGUUCUGGAGUGCCCUCCUGGAGAAGGCGUACGCCAAGCUGAGCGGGUCCUACGAGGCCCUGUCGGGGGGCAACACGAUGGAGGGCUUUGAGGACUUCACGGGGGGCGUGACCCACAGCUUCGAGCUCCAGCGGCCCCCGAAGAACCUGCUGAGGAUGCUCAGGAAGGCCGUAGACCGCUCUUCUCUCAUGGGUUGCUCCAUCGAAAUCACCAGCGAGAGCCAGCUGGAAUCCGUGACCCAGAGGAUGCUGGUGAGAGGACAUGCCUACUCAGUGACCGGCCUGCGGGAUGUCUCCUACCGCGGCAACGUGGAAACCCUCAUUCGGAUCCGGAAUCCCUGGGGCCGAAUGGAGUGGAAUGGAGCCUGGAGUGACAAUGCCAAGGAGUGGGAAGAGGUGUCCCCAGACACUCAGAAGCAGCUGCUGCACAAGAUGGAGGACGGGGAGUUCUGGAUGUCCUACCAAGACUUCAUGAGGAAUUUCACUUCCCUGGAGAUCUGCAGCCUGAUGCCCGACGCGCUCCUGGGGGACCACAAGAGCUGUUGGCACACCACCUUCUACGAGGGCAGCUGGCGGCGGGGCAGCACGGCGGGCGGCUGCAGGAACCACCUCGACACAUUCUGGACCAACCCCCAGUUUAGGAUCUCUCUCCUCAAGGAGGACGACGACCUAGAGGAGGACGAAGUCAUCUGCACCUGCCUGGUCGCCCUGAUGCAGAAGAACUGGCGGCAGGCGCGGCCCCAGGGGGCCCAGCUGCUCACCAUCGGCUUCGUCCUCUACAAGGUGCCAGAGGAGUUGCAGGACACCCAGGAUAUUCACUUGAAGAAGGAGUUCUUCCUGAAGUAUCCGGACCAUGGCUUCUCAGAGAUCUACACCACCUCGCGGGAGGUGAGCAGCCACCUCCAGCUGCCCCCGGGGGAAUACAUCAUCAUCCCCUCCACCUUCGAGCAGCACAAGGACGCCGACUUCCUGCUUCGGGUCUUCACGGAGAAGCACAGCGAGUCCUGGGAACUGGAUGAAGCCAACUGUGCCGAGAUACUCCAAGAGGAGGUCAUCUCGGAGAGUGACAUAGACCCGGACUUCAAGCGUCUGUUUGAGAUAGUGGCAGGAGAGGACAAGGAGAUCGGCACCUACGCGCUCCAAAGGCUGCUUAACAAGGUGGUCUCCAAACUCAAAAACUUCAAGAGCAAGGGCUUUGGCGUGGACGUGUGCCGCUGCAUGAUCAACAUCAUGGACAAAGAUGGCUCUGGCAAGCUAGGGCUUCCGGAGUUCCAGAUCCUGUGGAGAAAAAUCAAGAAAUGGACGGACAUCUUCCAAGAAUGCGACCAGGACAACUCGGGCACCUUGAACUCCUAUGAGUUGCGCUUGGCAAUUGAGAAAGCAGGCAUCAAGGUGAACAACAAGGUGACGCAGGUGCUGGUGGCCAGGUAUGCAAAUGACGACAUGCUCAUGGAUUUUGAAAGCUUCGUCAGUUGUUUCCUGAGGCUGAAGGCCAUGUUCACAUACUUUCUAACUAUGGACCCCAAGAAUACUGGCCAUAUCCAUUUGGACCUGGACCAGUGGCUGCAGAUAACCAUGUGGGGAUAG